AUGAUGAGCAAGCCUGCUAAUACCUUUAAUGUUCAGGUACCAGAUACCCGAAUCUGGAUUGCCAAGGUUUCCGGAACUCGCAGGCUUCCGGAGCGACGCAGGAGCCGGAAGUGGCUGAAAAAAAAAAAAAAAAAAAAACUACACCAACGAGAACUGCGCUUUAGCGGCGCUGCGGAAGGCCCGGGAUGGCCAAACAACCGUGAACGCCGACAAGCCGAAGAGCCGAAGGGCCGAAAAGCCGAAGCGGACACCCGCCCGCGCCCCGGGUCAGGGGCCGCAAGUGAGGACGCUGCAAGUGUCAAGGGGCCUAGAGGAAGCUGGGGCUCGGGAGGGCAGGGCUUUCUCUGCUUGCGGACGUCGCGAAGGGCCUCUGGCAGGCGCCGCCGGGUGGCGGCGAGACGCCUCCGCGCCUCUAGGGUUCCUUGUUCGCUGUCGGAGAAGGACCGGCUGAGGGAUGACCUGGUGGGGAGGGAGCCCUCGGGCAGGUGGCCGCGUCGGGCCUGGGGCAGUUCUGCGGCGCUUGGAGACCUGCCCGCUCUCGGGGUCUGUGUGCACUGGGAGGAUAGGUUGUUUAUCUCUGCAGGCUCAGGAAGGCAGGUAGCUGGCCCAUCAGUCAUCCGCCCUGCAAAGCGCUCCCGGGAGACUCCGUGGAGCGGACCGGACGCGCGCUCGCCUUCGGGGCAGCGCGGUCCUGGCCUCAGGUUUCCCGCCCCCGGAGGCCCUCAGAUCUCCCCGGUAACGCUUGGGAAUUCGGGCAGCCAGCUCGCCUACCCCUGGGGAAUCGAGGCAGAGCUUCUGGGAAUGGAGUCUGAGGGAAGAGUGCUCACCAGACAGUGACAUGUAGCCGUUGAGGAUCGCCACUGCCUUCUCGUUCUGUGCAAGCUGCAAUGUGGUAAACUGCCUUUGAAAGAGACCCACAUGUCAAGAAACUGAGCAUCACCUGUGACCAACAGCCAGAAAGUAACUGAAGCCCCAAAACGAACAGCUUGUGCAAAACUAAAUUCUGCCUACAACAAGAGCAUGAAUUGAGACGCAGAUCCUUCCCUAGUUGAUCCUUGAAAUGCUUGCAGCUCUGUGGACACCUUGAUUGCAGCCUUGUGAGAAAUUCUGAACCAGAGGACCUUGUAUGCCUUACCCAUAGGACUUACAAGAUAAUAAAUGUUUUUCAAAGAAUUAAGUUUGAGGAUAACUUCUUAUGCAGCAAUAGAUAAUGAAUAAUAAGUAAAUACAGUUUUUUGCUGUUGACUUCAAAAAUGUUUAAAGAUUUUACUGUUAUAUAAUUGUACAUAUUUAUGGGGUACAUGUGAUAUUUUGAUACAUGCAUACAAUAUGUAAUGAUCAAACUGGGAUAAUUUGAAUAUCCAUCACCUCAAAUAUUAUUUAGUGGUAUUGGGAAC